ACAGAGGACAGAGGACAGAGCGGCAGGAAAAGGAUCAGGGAUUACGGGGAUUGUGGACUUCUGAGAUUUGAGCCAAUGCCAGGGAUCAGAGUGUGAGGCCCCCUCAGGCUUCCAACUUGUAUUUGCACCUUUGAAACACAGAGACACGCGUCACAUCUCAAAGAUGGCGAAAGUGUGCAUUUUUGGCAUUCUCCUUCUCUGCUUGAUGGACGGACUCUCAGCCAGAGCCUUGGACGACAGGAGGACCAAAGGUCAUCGAGUCUCCAGGCCCCUUAUUGUUCCAGGUUCCCCUGAAAACACCACAGCGGUGGUGGGUGGUCAGGCAACGCUGCUGUGUAAAGUCCACAGGCCAGCAUCCACCAAGGUGCAGUGGCUGAAGACAGAGAGAGUUUCUUCAGCAGAGAGCAAGGAGGAACCGUCUCACCUCAGGGCGCUGACGGUCCUGCAGAGCAAUGGCUCUAAAGUUCACACGCUGCAUCUGUCAAACAUCACCAUGGAGGAUGCAGGAGAAUAUAUCUGCAUGGCUGAGAGCAUCCAUGGAGGGCAGACCGUGCAGGCGAUGCAGUCAGCGUGGCUGGACGUCCUGCCUGAAACCAUCAUUUCAAGCACAGUAGACCUGACUGCUGCUCAAACCUCCCCAGAUGUUCUCGAGGACCUGAAUGAGGACACCACGGAGCAUCUUCUUUUAGAACCAGGCAAUGUUCUGAAACUGCGCUGUGACACGAACACUCGGCCUGGAAUGGCUGUCAACUGGUACAAAGAGGGAGCCCGGGUUCUGCCCACACCCAGGAUCCAGGUCCGUGGGAUCAUCAUGGAGAUAACGGACAUAACAUACGAGGAUUCAGGGGUUUAUGUUUGCGUUCUCCGUGGGAGCAAAGAACCCGUGAGGAACUUCACCAUCACUGUGUUGGACACGUUAGGGUCCGGAGAUGAUGAUGAAGACAAUGGUUUGGAUGAUUCUUCAGCAGAAAUAGAAAACGACCAGGUUUACAUCAGCCGAGGUCCGUACUGGACUCACACGCAGCGUAUGGAGAAGAAGCUGUACGCUGUUCCUGCAGGCAACACCGUGAAGUUCCGGUGUCCAGCCAUGGGCAGCCCCAUGCCAAGCAUUAGGUGGUUCAAAAAUGGACGUGAAUUCAGAGGAGAGCACCGCAUCGGAGGCAUUAAGCUGAGGCAUCAACACUGGAGUCUGGUGAUGGAGAGCGUUGUUCCGUCAGACAGAGGAAACUACACCUGCGUGGUGGAAAACAAAUAUGGAGCCAUCUCUCACAGCUACGUCCUGGAUGUCCUGGAGCGCUCCCCUCACAGACCCAUCCUCCAGGCCGGUCUACCGGCCAACACCACAGCAGUGGUGGGUAGUGAUGUCCAGUUCCACUGUAAGGUCUACAGCGACGCUCAGCCUCACAUUCAGUGGCUCAAACAUAUUGAGAGAAACGGCAGCCGCUACGGCCCUGAUGGGACGCCGUACGUCCAGGUCCUUAAGACUGGCAGCCUGAACAUGUCAGAAGUGGAGGUGCUAUACUUGUCCAAAGUGACCAUGGAAGAUGCAGGAGAGUACACCUGUCUGGCUGGAAACUCAAUAGGUUACGCCUACCAGUCUGCCUGGCUGACCGUCCUCUCUGAGGAGGAAGCAGCAGAUGCUAUGGACACCAUGGAGACCAAGUACACCGACAUCAUCAUCUACGCCUGUGGAUUCCUAGCUCUGAUCAUGGCCAUCAUCAUCGUGGUGUUGUGUCGAAUGCAGGUCCAACCCAGAGGGGAGCCGUUCGAUGCCCUCCCAGUUCAGAAACUGUCCAAGUUCCCACUGCGUAGACAGUACUCAGUCGACUCCAACUCAUCGGGGAAAUCGAGUGCAUCUCUAAUGAGAGUAGCUCGCCUUUCAUCCAGCUGCUCUCCCAUGUUGGCUGGAGUCAUGGAGUUUGAGCUGCCCUACGACCCCGACUGGGAGUUCCCCAGAGAGAAUCUAACUUUGGGUAAACCUCUGGGAGAAGGCUGCUUCGGUCAGGUGGUCAGGGCUGAGGCCUACGGGAUCAACAAGGACGGUCUAGACCAGGCCACCACUGUAGCGGUUAAGAUGCUGAAAGACGACGCAACAGACAAAGAUUUGGCCGAUCUCAUUUCGGAGAUGGAGUUGAUGAAGGUGAUGGACAAACACAAGAACAUCAUCAAUCUGCUGGGAGUCUGCACACAGGAUGGGCCUCUGUAUGUGCUGGUGGAGUACGCCUCCAAAGGCAGUCUGAGGGAAUACCUGAGGGCGCGGCGACCUCCAGGCAUGGACUACACCUUUGAUGUGACCAAGGUGCCUGAGGAGCAGCUCACCUUCAAAGACCUGCUGUCCUGUGCCUACCAGGUGGCCAGAGGGAUGGAGUACCUGGCCUCUAAAAGGUGCAUCCACAGAGAUUUGGCAGCGAGGAACGUCCUGGUGACUGAGGACAACGUGAUGAAGAUCGCCGACUUUGGCCUGGCCAGAGGAGUCCACCAGAUUGACUACUACAAGAAAACCACCAAUGGUCGUCUGCCAGUGAAGUGGAUGGCACCUGAGGCCCUGUUUGACAGAGUCUACACACACCAGAGUGACGUGUGGUCAUUUGGCGUCCUGAUGUGGGAAAUCUUCACGUUGGGCGGCUCGCCGUACCCUGGCAUCCCAGUGGAAGAGCUGUUCAAACUGCUGAAAGAAGGCCAUCGAAUGGACAAACCCUCCAACUGCACACACGAACUCUACAUGAUGAUGCGUGAGUGCUGGCAUGCCGUUCCCACCCAGAGGCCGACCUUCAAACAGCUGGUGGAGGAGCUGGAUAAGGGUCUUCUGUCCAUUUCUGACGAGUACUUAGACCUGUCGACGCCCUUCGAACAGUAUUCUCCGUCGUGCGAGGACACAUCAAGCUCCUGCUCUUCUGAUAACGACUCAGUUUUCACCCAUGACGCUUUGUCCACCGACCCGUGUCUCCUGGCCUACCAGGACGUCCACUCCCAGAUGGUUAUGAAGACGGCACUCCGAUAGACUCCGAACGCACCACGCACAGGUUCACACGAGCAUUUCAAAGAUUUGAGCUUUCAUGGCACCAGGCAAAAGCCCUUAAAAGAUAGAAGUGGGCAUCUGUUACACACACACACACAGACACACACACACACAACACCACACACAGACACAUGCACAUGGAGCACUGAGGCCGGUGGGCUUCAUCAUUUGAUGAAGUUUCACAAAAGUUUGAGAAACCUCCCAAUUUUGCGCAGGAGACGGACAGAGGAGAAGAGGACGAAGGAAACAUGGUACUUUGGACUAUCGGCUCUGGCACUGUGUCCAAGAACAGCUGUAACGUUUGAAAACUGCGGCACUAAACUCAACAGAAGAGACUCUGACACUCGAAACAGCUCCGAAUGCUCACCACAGGGAGAGGAAGGACUAUGAUCUCCUUAUAUAAACUCUACGUAAAGACAUUUUAACAAAAAGAUUUAUUUUGAUAUGAUAAAAAAAGAAGAUACGGAUUGUUAAAUAUAAAUCUCUCUAUAUAAGAUUAUUUUACUUUUGUGUUGCUUAUUUAAAGAAGAAAAAAAACAGUCUUAAAAUCUCAGGAUCUUUCGUGCUAAGAAGUUGCUGUAGCAUCAGCAAAGUGCCUGAAGUUAUAAUUUCCUGUGAAGAUAUUAGAAUAUUAAAAUAUAUUAUGUACAUAUCAGCCACAGAAAGACAGUUGCCUUUUAUAAAUUAUUCUGAAUGACACAACAUGAAGGUUAAUGGAGGCUAAAAAGGAGAGAGGAAAGGAGGAAAUGCUAUCCUGAAGUGCCAAAUCUGCCACAGCUGCCACGCUGUCUUCAAGUCUGGGUCUCAUUUCAAUAUAACCUUAACGUUUUGGCAGCUUUUCUCAGCAUUGUCUAAAACAAAGUAUUAUUACACAACAAUCGCUAAUAUUCCGUUGACAACUUAAGCCUUAAAUGUUUGUGGUGAGGAGAAAACAUGAAUCAAACUUUAAUGGACGGCUUUAUUGUUUUGGAAUCAAACAGUUGCUGCUGCAGUUUGUGGCUGAAUUCCAGCGAGAGCUCCACAAUAGUUGUUGUUGUUGUUGGACCAUAACCACAAAUUUACUAAAUGUUUGGGAUGUAAAAUAUAAGAAGCAGCAAUGUGGUCCGACCAGGUCUCCAGACCCCGGAGGUCACGAGACAGGCUCAGUUACAAGUCGAGAACCACCGCGUCAAGUUCAAUCUACCGCUGUGUAACUCAGUCUGUGGCUGCGUCGCCGCUUUGUCACAGACAGUGUGUCCACGGUGGGAUUCACUCUGACCAUUCAGUGCUGGGACUCUGUGAGGGGCUUGGCCAGGCCCAGGGUCGCUGCUGACAAGGAGAGGAGGAGGAGGAGGAGGAGGAGGAGGAGGGGGACACUGAAUGUGAAAGCCAGUGUGAUUGAUUUCAAAUAGAGGAGAAGGGGGGAGGGAGCCUCCUUUGUCUUGGUGUAACCCUUCACCCAGCCCAAUCUGUUGGUGAGGGUUCCUCAGGUCUGCAGCCCUCGCUGGACAAUGAAGGCUUUGCAGGCUUAAUGGGUGCGACCACAGACCAGAGGGAGUUUUUUGGGGGGGUGGGGGUGGAGUUGGUGGUGGUUGGGAUAGCUUGGGCUUGUGUGCAAAUGAAGAGGCUCUUAUUAUGGUAAUGUCUCCUCCUCUCCCUCACAAACGCCCCCUAUCUUUAUCCACGGCCUGCAUCUUUUUUAAAUUACAAAUCUUAAUUCUCAUCUGUCUCCUCGCCACUGCCGCCACAACCAGCUGCAAAAAUGUUGCCCCGUGGUGUAAAAUACUAAGCUGGCCGUCCCCGACCUCCGGAGUCUGACCACUGUAGAAACAGCUGAGUUUAGCUUCAUUUAAAGGACCACAUAACAAUGACAUGGCUGUCGUAACACUCGCUGGUCACAUGUUAUUACUUCCAGAGUCACAUGUAACACUCCAGCAUUACUCUCGUCCUUGUUUGAAACGGUGUCAAAAAGUCAAAAUGUCAAACAGUGCGGGUUUCAUCCCACAGCGAUCUCCGAUCAUCACACUGGCGUGAACCGUUCUGUCAUAGAAGGAUUACCGUAAUCUAUGCUGCUCAUUUGUCUACAUUUUAUGCUGCCAAUCUCAUUGUGACAGCUGGUGUCUCUGAUGACGGAGAUCUCGUUGUGGAAUGAAACUCCAACCAUUCCCACAAAGUGUCCGGUUCCUUUGGCAUCUUUACAUUCCAGUUAUUCCAGACUCAAGAUGUAAAUCACAAUCACAAUGUUCUUAAACUUUUUCCUCAAGAGAAUUAUUUUAGAAAAUAUCUAAUUUAUUUGUUUAUUGUUGUUGUUUUUAUAUGAAAUAAAGU